AUGCCGAGCACGACUGCCGUGAACAGGGUCUCGACGACAACGGAGAAGCCGGUGAGGAUCCGCGAACGAAGCGUUCUUUUCGGAAUGCUCGCGGAGUACGACGAGUUCAAGCAGGCGGACACUUGCACCGACUACUUUGUCUGCCGUGAGUCACUUUUCAGUUUUCUGGAAUGGUUAUAUGUAUCAUCACACUGUCUGGGCUACCGUAUACCUACGUAAUUCUUUUAUGACAUAAUUGAAGAUUCUAAGAAUGGAAAAACAACCGUAUUUUUGUUUGCCCAUCUGAUUUACAAUAAUCGAAUAAGCGUCUUCAUAAUAGAUUGAGUGACGAUUCCUAGUAUUGUAUAUAACAGUAAUUCUUGGGAUUCGGGAAAACAUGUUUUUGCUUAGUUUUGGAAAGUCGAAAACAAGUAUUCACUGGGAGAAAGGCAACAAUAUCGGUUGCAAAAGUAUGCAGAGGGUUACAUGAUUAGUUUAUCAAUUGGCUCUAACGGCGUCUAUUUUUUGAAUCACAAUAUCUAAGCAGAUGAAGUACAGCGAACAAUUUGAGGCCUGUUAGAACCCAAACCUAUGACACAUAUCUUGGAUCUCACUCACUAUUAACUUUACUUUCUUUCAGGAUUGGGACAUUCGUUUGUCUACCGUGUCAAACGGAUCAUUGGACCUGUCAUCAAGCAAUACUUCCGCACGCUUGACUGGGAUGAGCAUCUCGAUGAUGGAGAUCCUCCGGCGUCCAAGGAUGAGCCUCACUACAAUAAUAGAGAUUGGGAAGACUUUCUCACCAUGGAGAUUCCUAACAAUCUCUAUCACAUCUACGUCGAGGUGAUCCCACCGAAGAGACCGUACAUGGAUCGGGCGCUGGAGGGAAAGUUCAACUCGCUUCUGCGCAUAAUCAGUGCGGACGAGAUCAUUGAACAAAGUGCUCUCAUUCAGAAGCUGGAGGAGAUUCUCGAGCCAUACAACGAUAUGCACUUGUGGCAGGAGUACGAUUUGUGAGUACAUUCUGUUCAGGUGCCUUUAUCAAAAAGUGAGUGAUUUCAGAAAAGCCGAAGCAGGACGGAAAGUGUACGCUCGUGAGGUCAUCAGGGAGCGCAACCGUCCCAUCAAUCGCUUCAAGGCAUUUGUUUGGCGCUGGAUCAACGACGUACUGAGGUCGUGCACUAAGGCGCCAAAGCCUGAUAACACUCCGUACCUCGAGAACGGAAAGAUCGAUGGAAACAAGCUGCUGAUAGGCAACCCGAGAGUCCGUCUCAUGACUCCAACGUGCAGCUGCCACUUCCGCAAGGAGUGA